UUUUACGUCACUAAAAUCGACGCUAGCUGGCUCAAGCUAACAUGCAUGCUGCACUGAACUGGGCGAUGACCUAGGGAUAAAUUCAUGGUUGUACUGGAUACACAGAGCUUGUCUUUGAUCUUUUGGAGAUUUUUCCGGGUAGAACAGUUGAAGGCGGUGUGUCUGCGUUGCUGACUGAACAUGUGGAGCUCAGGCCGCCGCGUCCUUCAGGAUCUGCUCAGCCAGGCUGCUGUCAGGAGUUUCUCUCUGACUCCUGCUCAGAAUACAGUUGUGGUGGAGCGAUGGUGGCAGGUCCCCCUGUCCAAAAUGGGCAAACCUGCGAGGCUUCACCCCCGAAGACACAGAAUCUACAAGUUGGUUGAAGACACCAAAAACACUCCCAAUAAGAAGAUGGAGCUCAUUCUGACUCAGACAGUACCAAAGCUCGGUGGACGAGGAGAAACUGUGUUUGUGAAAAAAUCAUUUGGUCGAAACAAGCUGCUGCUCGAAGGUCUCGCAGUGUAUCCGUCACCAGAGAACAAGCAGAUGUUUGCCGAGGAGUUAAGACUUCUGCGUGAGGGGAGGCUAGAGGACCGAAUCCAGACCCGAACUGGACAACUGACGGUGGACUUUCUCAAACGCUCUCAGCUUAAGAUAAAUAAAAUGCCUUCUGAAGAAUUCCAGCUCACUAAAGAAGUCGUCUGCAGACAGCUUCUUAAGAAGCUGGGAGUUGUUGUGCCACUUCAAGCACUGACUCUUCCAUUUGAGCCAAUCAAGGAGGUGGGAGACUACUGGUGUGAAGUCACGGUAAAUGGAAUAAACACAGUUCGCAUCCCCAUGUCACUGCUGCCAUACGAAGACCAGUCUGCAGCUUAUAAGAAGCAGUUGAAAAUACAAAAGCAGCAGCAGGCAGCCGCAGACAUUUCAGAGGACUCUGAUGAGGACGAAGGUGUUGUGAAGGCCGAGGCUGGUAAAGACUCUGCAAGUCAAGUGAGCGAAGCUUCGGCCUCCUCAGCAGGAGCUUCUGCUGCCGAGGAGACGACAGCCUCAGGUACGCAGACGACUCAAGACACAACAGCGCCACCAAGUGACAGUCUGAAAAAAGAUUAAAGGACUACAAAUGAAAACGUCCACACUCACUGCAGUGGAUUGUGUUUACCUAUCAUACACAUUAUACAUGCAUAAAAACAGUUGUUGGUUUAAUUAUUAAAAUGUUUUCCGUCUGCCUCACACAGAACAAGUGUUAUAGCAAGUCAACACAAUCCAUGUCCUGUCAUAUAGAUCAGUGUAUCCAGUGGUGGUUGUGGACGUACCAUUAAACAAUAAUGUAGUAAUAUGUAAGAAACCAUUUUUAUCUAAUUGUAAGGCCAUUGAUAAUACACAUUGUUUAGUAUGGAGGGAAAUAAAAGGCUAUUAAACGUU